UUAAACGGCGGAUCGGGUUCUGCUUGUGUGGCGUAUGAGAUGAGCCUGUGCGAAAGGCUAAUGCCCUUAUGAUUGAGACGAAGCAAGCACCCAGGCCACGCUGUCUUUGGCUGUAUAGCAACAAAUAGGAGAAGAUCAGCAGUCCGUUCAGACGGUUAGAGUACAGUCAUCCUUGAGUCUCCGUCGCAGCCUUGAAGUGCUUGGAAGGUGAAAAUGGACAAGAUCACCAGCGCUUUUAAUUGGUUUCGAGGCGACCGCACCGAUGGCGUGAAAAAAACAGAUGAGCUGGAAAUCGAGGCAAUCACCAAAAUCAUCGAGAGAGGUGCCUAUCUAUGGAAGGUCCGCUCCUACACCCGCUGGUUCCAGCGGUGGUUCUUUGUGGAUGCCAACGGGCACCAAUUCGGCUACCAUAGGAGCGGGCUCAGAAGAGCGAUGUGCUUGGCCAAAUCGAGGGUGCUAGUUGACUUCAGUGAUAUCGUGGACGUGCGGAAGGGUUGGCGGAGCGACGUGUUCAACCAGCUAGCCAAAGAGGUAGAGGGCAAGCCGCGUAGCAGUGUCGACGUGGACGAAAACACGUGCUUCACGGUGGUGGUGGGUGGCAGCAACCGCAACCGCACCUUUGACCUGGUCGCUAAGACGCCCGAGGAGUGUGACACUUGGGUCCGGGGCCUCAAGCACUUGAUCCACAUGUCCAAGACCCAGGAGAAGAGCGAGCAAUUCGACAGGUGGUUAAUGAAGAUGUUCAGGUCUGCCGACGACAACAAAGACGGCGGACUAAGUUUCGAUGAGUGUCUUUCCCUGCUCAAGCAGAUGAACGUGAAACUAAGAAAAAGCUACGCUAGGAAAUUGUUUAACCAAGCGAACUCAUUGACAAGAUCGAGCGAUAGGGAGCAAGUAUUAGACGAGAACGAAUUCGUCGCGUUUUACCAUCUCCUUAUGAGCAGACCGGAAAUCAACACCCUGUUCAGCAGGUAUGCUGAUGAAAACGACGAGCUAAACUCUGAAGGGCUGAGCCAAUUCUUCUACAGAGAACAAAGAUGCACAAAACAUCCAGACGACUGUCUCGAAUUGAUAAGGGAGUACGAGCCCUCGGAUUUGAAGCACAAAGACGAGCCUAAAAUGUCCGUCAUAGGUUUUACGAAUCUUUUGCUGAGCGAGGAAUUCCAACUUUGCGAAUCGAAACAUUUGGCCGAGGUUUAUCAGGAUAUGACGCAACCGCUGUCGCAUUACUUCAUCGCCUCCUCACACAACACGUACUUGACGGGAAAUCAACUCAGCGGUGAGAGCACAGUGGAGGGCUACAUUAACGCUUUGACCAAAGGAUGUCGUUGUGUCGAACUUGACUGCUGGGAUGGACCAAAAGGUGAGCCGAUGGUGUACCACGGCUUCACCCUGACUACGAAGAUCAUGUUCCACGACAUCCUGACCGACGCGAUCCUGCCGUACGCGUUCAAGGUGUCUGAUUAUCCGGUGAUUCUGUCGCUGGAGGUGCACUGUUCGGCCGAGCAGCAGGCCCGCAUGGCCCACCAUCUGACCACCAUCCUUGGUGAACUGCUGUACUUGCAGCCGAUCGACGAUCUGACGCAGCUUCCCUCACCAGAGCAACUCAAGAGAAAAAUAAUCAUAAAGGCGAAGAAACUAAAGACGCAGCUGUGUAAGCCGAUGAGGAUGUCAAAAGCUGAAGACAUCAAUGACGGGCAGGACGACGAGGAGUCGUCGCAGUCCGAGCCUGAUUCCGACAAUGAAGCUGAUGAAGAACCCGUCCAAGCGGACGGAACUGUUUCCUCCACAGUAGUGAAAAAGCAAGUACCUGUGGAGUGUCAUUUGUCGGAUUUGGUCAACCUCUGCCAGGCAGUACACUUCCACGGGCUGCGCUAUUCAAAAAUGCAUGGGAAAUGCUUCCACAUGUCUUCCUUCGCGGAGAAUAAAGCCAAGAAAUUGAUCUCAACUGACCUGGAUGGUUUCAUCGACUACAACAGGCGCCAACUUUCAAGAAUCUACCCAGGCGGGAAAAGGGCCGAUUCGUCCAACUUCAAUCCCAUCCAAUUUUGGAAUGCAGGCUGCCAAAUUGUUGCGUUGAACUACCAAGGGAAGGAGAGUCCGUGCUUCUACAACGAGGCCAAGUUCAAGACAAACGGCAACUGUGGCUACAUCUUGAAGCCGCCAUACCUGCGUGAUCAGACAUCCUAUAGUUUGAAUGACAGGCCAGCGUGGAGCCCAAAAGUGCUCCGUCUACAGCUAAUAAGCGGGCAGCAUAUUCCGAAGCCAGACAACUCGACUGAUGGCGAGAUCGUUGACCCGUACAUCAAAGUGAAAGUGAUCGGAAUGGAAUGCGACCAGCGCGAAUUCAAAACCAAAGACAUUCACGAUAACGGACUGAAUCCAGUUUGGAACGAAACUUUCGAGUUUCCAGUAUUCUACCCAGAUCUUGCAAUGCUGCAUUUGGCUGUGAAAGACAACAGCAACACUGGCGUCAACGAGCUCCUCGGCGCCUAUGCCGUUCCUUUUACCAGUUUGAGAGAAGGCUAUUGCCACUGCCCACUACUGAACGAACAGAGACAACCCCUCUCGCCAGCAACUCUUUUCAUGCAUAUUUCUAUUACCGAGUGAUAUUAAUGCAAAAUAACUAUUUAAAAAAUCAAAACGCACAUAUGAUGAGGGUGUAGCUAAAACAAAUUAUUUUUUUUUUGCAUUUUGCUACACGAUUUAUAUUUUUACUCGCACAGUAUUGAAUUUAACCGAUACAAUAUAAUGACUCAGCGUUUCCACUUUUGUAUGAUAGAAGAUUCCGAACUAAUAUAAAGUUUCUGCAGUGUAAUUUUGACAGUUAUUUCAAGAAUAAAUCAUUCAUAUGAUUUAUAUCUCA